AGUUCAUUUAUAAAUGGUGGAGGUAAAAUUUUCUACCAUCACAAGCAUUUAUUGCCAGAAUACAUAGGUAUUUUUCAUCUAAAAUAAAUAACCUUAAAAAUCUGCAAAGGGUCUUGUCAACUUUUCCGACAUUUAAAUCCCGCCUUGUCGUCUACAGAUGCAACGAUACUUAUUAACUCAAAUUUGCUCAGACCCAUCCGCCUAAAGGUUGUUUCUCUAUGAUCGUACCAUUUUCCCAACAUUUAAACCCCCCUGCACAUCUCUCUCUUGUGCAUUCCUCGCUUGUUGUCGUACCUGAAUCUCAUCCCUCACUCCCCUAAACUUUGGACUUUGGAGGCUCAUUGUUGCAGAGAAUCUGUCGUGGAUCCUCUCUUCAUAAUCGAUCGACGAUGGGAAGAACACCCUGCUGUGACAAGAGGGGUUUGAAGAAAGGGCCCUGGACGACUGAAGAGGAUGAGAUUCUCGUCGAUUACAUCAACAAGAAUGGCGGCCAUGGAAGCUGGCGUUCUCUCCCUAAGCUGGCAGGUCUGCUUCGCUGUGGGAAGAGUUGCAGGCUAAGGUGGACGAACUAUCUGAGGCCUGAUAUAAAACGUGGUCCCUUCAGUGUUGAGGAAGAGAAGCUUGUGAUACAGCUUCAUGGCAUCCUCGGCAACAGGUGGGCGGCGAUAGCGUCACAGCUACCAGGAAGAACAGACAAUGAGAUAAAGAACCUGUGGAACACCCACUUGAAGAAGCGACUCUUGUGCAUGGGACUCGACCCUCAAACCCACAAGCCUCUCUCUUCUUCUUCCUCAUCCUCCUCCUCCUCAGCUGCCGCUUCUACUCCCUCCAAUGCCUCCAUCUCCACCCGCCACAUGGCUCAGUGGGAGAGUGCCAGGCUCGAGGCCGAGGCUCGCCUCUCCAAAGAGACCUCUCUCUUCGCCUCUCAUUCCUCUGCCGCCGACCCCGACUUCUUCCUCCGCUUGUGGAACUCCGAAGUCGGCGACGCCUUCCGCAACAUAAAUGUCGUCUCUUCUCCGGGAUCCUCCUCUUCCACCAAGUGCACUGUUGCUACUGCUCCAACAACACGUGCUUUCAUGGCUUCGUCUGACGACUCUUCCAUCUCUAAUGAUUUGGAAGAGUCGUCAGACACUGCGUUGCAGCUCUUGUUGGAUUUUCCCAUUUACAAUGACAUGAGCUUCUUGGAAGCAAACUCUUUCAUUUCUCCUCUUUAGGUGUACGUUAUGUAGUUAUCAGGUAUGUUGUAAUCCCCUU